GGAUUCCGUUGGAACAGUCUACGCUGGCAACUCUGACACAGGCAAGCAUUAUUCAGGGACGGGAGCUCCCUCACUCUAAUUGAGAAGACUACCUCUCUGUGCAGUUAUUUAGCAAGAAAACUACAAUUAGAAUAACAGUAUAACCAGUGGUGUGUUGUUGGUGGUGAUAUGGUGGAUGUGGGCCGGAAAGCGGUGGGAGGAAGGGAAAAGAGGACUGCGGCUGUGCGGGAGUGAGACAAUUUCCCGCUCCCUGCCAGCAUCCCACAGAUCGGUAGUACGCGCGCGUUGGCGGUGGUGGGUAGUUCGUGACGCCUCUUCUUCGCUGCUUGUCCAUUGCCCUGUCCAGCUUUGUCAUGUGCAAAAAUGUGGGGCAGCGGUGACCCCUCGGCCGCAUUCCCACUGGGCAUCCUGCUCCUCCUGCUGGCGGUGCUAGACGGGCUAGCGCAAGGCAAGGAGGACUAUGGACGGAACGAGGACGGGGCCUCUGGGGCGGCGGCGGGCACGGCGUGGACCACCAGCCAGGAGGUGGUGAAGAGAAUCCUACCCGAUGACGUCCAGUGCCAGUGUAAUGAGGGAGUGCUGGCCUGCAGGGAUGAAGAAGGGGAGUGUGCAUGUGUAGCCAAUGAACUGCUGUGUGAUGGUCGCCUUGACUGUCUGGAGGGUGAAGAUGAAGCCCACUGCCUGAGGGAGCCCUGUACAGGUCACCUCUGCUCCAAGACCAGCAAGUGUGUGGACAGCUCCGUGGUGUGUGACGGCAUUGAUGACUGUGGAGAUAAGAGUGAUGAAUGGUUUUGCAAGCUCCCGCAAAUCAAUGCUAACUGCACCAAACCGGACCAGUUUACUUGUGCUGAUGGGAAGUACUGCAUCUCUGUGGUGUGGUUGUGUGACGGGGAUGCUGACUGCCAGGAUAAGUCUGAUGAGGCUGAUUGCUCCAGCACCUGCCAGCCUCAGGAGCACAGUUGUGGUGACGGCCGCUGCAUCUCAAAAAACUGGGUGUGUGAUGGGGACCCAGACUGCUUUGAUGAGUCUGAUGAGCAGGACUGCAGCAAGUUAUCAGAAACCACCUGUGCGUCGGACCAGGUGUUGUGCACGGUGGACGGACGCUGCAUUAUGCAACACUAUGCUUGUGAUGGAGAAAAUGACUGUGGUGAUUGGUCAGAUGAACAGAACUGUGACAAUGAAACCUGCCCUGGUGAUGACUUCAGGUGUGAGUCUGGGAAGUGUAUUGAGAGAAAGUGGGUUUGUGAUGGUGCACUGGAUUGUACACCUGAUGGGGAGGAUGAGAUAAACUGCUCUCUACCCAUCCCAGUGGCAGGGACUCAACAGCCAAGUGAGUGCCACCCAGAGGAGUCUCAUGCCUGUCCCAACCGCUGCAUUGCCAAGGAGUGGAAGUGUGAUGGCACAAAAGACUGCAGUGAUGGCUCGGAUGAGAUGGGGUGUGAGUUUACCUGCCCACCUGAGCACUACACCUGCUCCCACACGGCCUGCAUCCCCCUCCACCGCCUCUGUGAUGGCCACCAUGACUGUCUCUUUGGUGAUGAUGAGGUUGGCUGCCCCACAGAGGAGUGCACCACCCUUCAGUGCAGCAGCAACAUCUGCAACCCAGCAAAGAACACCUGCCUCUGCCCACGAGGCCACUCCCUCGCUGCAGACAACACCACGUGCGUGGACGUCGAUGAGUGCUCUUUAUUCCGGCCGUGCUCCCAGACCUGCGAAAACGUGGUUGGGGGAUUCAACUGUUCCUGCAUCCCUGACUACUAUGAGUUGCGGCCCGACCACCUCACCUGCAAAGCCGCCUCACCUCCGCCAGCCUACCUCAUCUUCUCCAGCCGAGUUGAGAUCAGGCUGAUAAGCCUGGACCGUCGAAACUACUCAAGCAUUGUUGAGGGUCUUCAGAAUGCCAUCUCCAUUGACUUCCACUAUGAGCAUCGCAUCAUAUACUGGUCUGAUGUCACCCUGGAUGUCAUCAUGAGAGUUUUCAUGAAUGGCACUGGAGAAAUGGCCAUUGUGCGGGGGGGUCUCCGGAUGCCCAGUGGAGUUGGCGUGGACUGGGUGAACGAUCAUGUGUACUGGCUGGACGGGAUCACUAUGCGGAUCGAGGUCGCUAAUCUAGACGGGUCAUGCAGGCGGCCACUUAUCUGGAGCAACCUGGAGAAGCCACGUGGUCUGCUGGUGCACCCACACAAGAACCUUCUCAUUUGGACAGACUGGGGCUCCAACCCUCGAAUUGAGCGUGCCUACCUGGAUGGCUCAGGGCGGCAGGUAGUGAUUGAGGAGGGUCUGCAUUGGCCCAACGGCAUCACACUUGACUACCCCACUGAGACACUGUACUGGGUGGACGCCAAGGAACAUGUCAUAGAGGCAGCUCACAUUGACGGUACCAACAGGAGGACAAUCCUGGAAGGGCUACGUCACCCCUUCGCCAUCACUGUGUUUGAGGAUACACUCUACUGGACUGACUGGCUCACUCGUUCCAUUGAAAAGGCCGACAAGAGGAAUGGUCAGAGUCAAACCACCCUCCAAGGCAGACUCUCAUUGCCUAUGGAUAUUCGCAGCUUACACCCAACUCGCCAGCCCCGCAUCUUGAAUUCUGAGAGGCGUGGGUGUAGCCUCAGGAAUGGGGCCUGCUCCCAUCUCUGCCUCUCCAGCAAGGACUCUUAUGCCUGUUACUGUCCCCAUGGCCUCAUCCUUGGACCAGAUCGCAGGACAUGCAGUGAGAGACCAGACCACACCCUCAUCUUUGCCCAGCGGAAGAGCCUGAGGAUGAUCUCACUUGAGGACAUCCUUGAAAACAACACUGCCUUCACCAUUGCCUCCGCUUCAUCCACUGCCAACACCUCCGACACAGCACAAGUGAGGAUAGAUACAGUGCUGCCCGUGAAUAAUGUCCAGGCUCCUGUGGCUCUUGAUCCCUACACAAAGGAGGACCUCAUCUUCUGGACAGACAUCAAGGCUAAGACCAUCAGCCGUGCACAUCUCAAUGGCUCACGUCACAUCACUGUUGUUGGGAGUGGCUUAGAGAUGCCAGCGGGUGUGGCAGUAGACUGGGUGGGCCACAAGCUGUACUGGACAGAUGCUGGCACCAAUCGUGUGGAGGUGGCUAAUCUGGACGGUUCCAUGCGCUGCCUCCUGGUGUGGCGCGGCCUGGACAAGCCUCGAGAUAUUGUGGUGGAUCCUCAGGAUGGCUACAUGUUCUGGACUGACUGGGGGAAGCAAGCCAAGAUCGAGCAGGCGGGGAUGGAUGGCGAGAACCCGAGGGUGCUGGUCAGUACAAAUUUGAAGUGGCCCAACGGACUAGCCAUCGACCACAGCCGGAGACUUCUGUACUGGCUGGACGCUUCUACCAAGUCUAUUGAGAUGGCCAAGCUGGAUGGGACUCAGAGGAGGGCACUGAUCUCGGGGGAACUGGACCAUCCCUUUGGCCUUGCCCUAUGGAGGAACCUGGUCUUCUGGACAGACUGGGACACCAAGAGUAUGUACAUGGCUGACAAGGAGACUGGAGCUAACAGGCAGACCAUUGUCCAAGGUCUCAAGGAUAUGAUGGAGGUGAAAGUGUUUGAACGAUCCAAUACAACAAAUUCCUCUGUAUGUGACAUUAAGAAUGGUGGCUGCUCUCAUCUGUGUCUGCUCAGCCCCAGUGCUUUGGGUCGCAAGUGUGCCUGUCCCACUGGUGUCAAACUGAAGCCUGAUCGCCUUACUUGCUAUGAUGGACCGGAGAAGGCGUUGGUGUUUGCCCGUCGGCAGGAUGUGCGGCUGGUUUCCCUGGACACCCCUUACCGAGUGGACGUCAUUCUGCCACUUCAGGGACUCCAGCAUGCCGUGGCCUUGGACAUUGACGUUGUGACAGGGGACAUCUUCCUGCCAGACAGUGCUGCUGCCAUCAUCUUCAGGGUGUCUCAUAAGGGCCAAGUGGCAACCCCCGUGGUGACCUCAGCCAUCAAGACUGUAGAGGGCAUUGCUGUGGAUGCCACCGGCAGGAAGAUGUACUGGACUGACCUAGUCAUGCAGUCUGUGGAGGUGAGUGAGCUGGAUGGGACACACAGGCGGGUGUUAUUCACUGGGCUGAACCGUCCCCGAGCCAUCACCACCCACUACCCCUCAGGCCGCCUCUUCUGGACUGACUGGGACGAGCAGUACCCAAGGAUUGAGACUGCAGACAUGGAUGGAAACAACAGGAUGGUGCUAGUAGACACAGACGUGGCUUGGCCCAAUGGACUCACUGUGGACUGGCAGGACUUGGAACUGUACUGGACGGAUGCCAAGGCCAACGUCAUUGAGGCUAUAGGAUUAGAUGGACUCAACAGACGCCGGGUGAUAACAGGUCUGCCUCAUCCCUACGGUGUGAGCACUCAGGGGCGCUGGCUCUACUGGACAGACUGGGAGACCAAAUCCCUGAACCGAACUCUCAAGAGAAGUGGCCGUUCACCCUCCACCAUCAGGGAGGGACUGGCAGGGAUUAUGGACGUCAAGGCUUUACCCGGCCCUGAUGUGGUGAGUAAUGCAUGUGGAACGAACAAUGGGGGCUGCUCUCACCUGUGUCUCCGCCAGCCCAAUGGAUUCACCUGCGCCUGCCCCACUGGUCUCAAGACAGUGGAGGGUAAUCCUUCUCGCUGUGAGAAUGAACCACAGGACUAUCUGAUCUAUGGCGCCAAGGGAACACUGGGACGCAUCUCUCUUGAUGUUGAGCCACUGUGGGAGUUCCCGCUUCCCAUCCCAGCCACCUCACACCCCAUCUCUGUUGAUGUGCAUUAUGAGAAGCGGCUUCUUUUCUAUGCUGAGGCUGAUCUGCAAGUCAUAAGGGUUGUGUCUCUGAGGAACUUGUCAUACCCUUGGUCAGUCCUCUCCCCGGGCUACACGACACCCGAUAACCUGGCUGUGGAUUGGGUGGCCGACAACAUCUACUGGACAGACUCAUUGAGGAGAGUUGUGGAAGUAGCGAGGCUGGACGGAUCUUCGGCGAAAGUGAUCAUUAACAACAGUCUGGAUUCACCGCGUGCUGUGGCUGUGUUUCCUAGUGAAGGCUUGCUCUUCUGGACGGACUGGGGCAAGCCUUCCAAGAUAGAGCGUUCGUAUCUCGAUGGAUCAGCUCGGAAGACCAUUGUGGACAGGAAUGUUGGCUGGCCAAAUGGACUUGCCAUUGACUACGAGGCAAAGAAGAUAUACUGGAAUGAUGCCAAGGGGGACACCAUUGACUGUUCAGACCUUGAUGGCGGCAAUGUUGUGACUCUCAUUCAGGAAGUCCCUCACCCCUUCGGCCUAACGCUGCUUGGUCAGCACAUCUACUGGACUGACUGGAAGAAGGCAACAAUUGAGAGAGCAGAAAAGACAACAGGCCAUAACAGAAGGGUGGUGAGAAGUACCAUUGAGGGAGUGAUGGAGGUGAAGGCUGUCACCGCUUCAUCACAGCUUGGAUGGAACCUUUGUGCUGAUCGGAAUGGUGGCUGCACGCACCUCUGCUUCUUCCUGCCCACUGGCCUCCGCUGCGCCUGCCCUGACAUUCUGGAUGAGCGGGCCUGUUCAGGCCGUCCAAUGAUUAAGGUGAUUGACACAGUCUUGCCAACUAAUGUGAUCGACCGGCCUGACAAUCCAUGGGACAAGACCAACACGCCGGGAUUGGUGCCACUGCUGGGGGUGCUGGCGCUGGUGCUGGUGGUGUCUGCGCUAGCCAUGAUGGCAGUGGUGGCAUGGUGGAAGUUCAAACGCCAGACUAAGAUGGUGAAUGAGCCAGAUGGUGGUGCCCUCACCUACACCAACCCCACCUACAGCGCCUCAAACUCAGAUGUCAACACAGACCGCAAACCAUUCACCUGGCGGCGCCUCCACAGUGAAAAUGUGCACCAGGUGCGCAUGUUUGAGGAGAAAGGGGAAGUGGCUGCCUUGAUCAGCGAGGGGAGCAGCGUGGAGCACGAGUCGCCCCCACCCACGCCGCCCACACGCCCUGACGCUGCCACAUAAUGCCCCCACCACAUCCCCACAGCCUCCACCCAGCUGUCCACGUGGGAGCCAAUCACCUCCACCGCCUCAAAAGUGGGUCACCUUGAAGACUGACAGAUUAAUCACACUAAUGCGCUCCACCGCCCCGAGUCCCGCCACUCUCCGACACAAGUGGCCCUCAGGAUUCCCUCUCAAGCCUCCCACACCUCACAUCCCAUGCCUCUCUCUUCCUGUUCCUCUAUCCACCCAAUCCCUAUCCCUACCCAUCCCUCACCACACAGCAGUCAGCACUAUACAGCAGCCACACCACUCACCUCCCCCACAUGUCCAUCAAUGCUACACUACCAUCACCUCCAUUCAUGCACUCCCUCCUCUCCUGCAUGUUGUCUACACACGCAAACACACACACACACACACACACACACACACACACACACACACACACACACACACACACACACACACACACACACACACACAGCUCAGGACCCCCACAGGCUACAGGUAGCCCAGCACCCCUGCGUCCUGCUCCUCACCCUAGCCUUGGUAUGAACCACACGUAGAUGUCCCCUGUGUCUCAGGCUACAGGUAGCCGCUCCCUGCACCACUAGCUGCCCCCUCACACCACCACUCACAGGCUACAGGUAGCCACCCUUGUAUCACCUCACAACCGCUGCAUGUAGGCUACAGGUAGCCCCUGCACCCUCAGGUAAGGCCCAUCCCCCACACCACACCACCACGUCUGUGCCCCUGCCAGGGUGUUACCCCCACACCUCAUCCCCACUGCCCCCCCCCUCCCUUUUUCUCCUGUCCCUCCCCCUGAGGACUAAAAGUACGCCCCUAGCGAGCUGUGUCCCCGAGACGGUGGCCGAUUGUCGGGAAGCAACACCCCACUUAUAACACAGAGAGAAUCCCAUCCUAGGGAUGACUCGCCGCCGCCGCCGCCGUCACCACCACCACCACCACCACCAUCAGGCUGCACGAGCUGCCUGGAAGUCUCAUUUGUGUUGCAUUUUAAGUUAUUUUCGUGACACGUUUUGGCAGCUGGUGUCUGGGAUGCGCGGCGCCAUAUCACCCGUCAUGACGGCAUGUCACUCUUGCUAUCGCAGUAUUCUCAUGAGGAAAAAAAUUGUGCCAUGUCCGCAAUGGUGCCGGGACGCCACACCACGUGGUGUGAUGGCUCUCUUAGCGGCGCCGCGUGCUUGGCGGUGCGCGGCGAGGUGUUGCCAAGAUGCUGCAAACCGUGCCAGGCUGUCAGGAAUGAGCGCCGCCUUGUCUCCGCGGCGGGCGAGGCGGCAGCUGGAAAACAGGACCGAGUAGUGGUGGCAUCCCUCCUAAAUAAACCACGCCUACAAAUAAGCCGCUGAGGGGAACAUAAAACAGGGAAAGGAGCCAUUCCCUUCACACUGACUGUAGCUUCUCUUUUUCUACUACUGUUACUACUACAACUCACCCCGUGACAGAAGAGAAGCGUGGAAAGCGGUAUGGGUCUGGCAUAGCUUUUCAUAAUGUUCUCUGGGGGUGCCACGAGCCGCCAGAUGGUGGUGGUGGUGGUGGUGAGAGUGAAGGCCUGCUGGCCCUCAGCUGUGCCGGGUGCCACGGUGUGCGCUCCUCUCCGUCAUGUCCUUUUGUCUACUAUUCGCCAUUGUUGCUGUUUAUUAUUAUUAUUAUUAUUAUUAUUAUUAUUAUUAUUAUUAUUAUUAUUACUAUUACUAUUAUUAUUAUUAUUGUUGUUGUUGUUGUUAUUGAAGAUUAUAGUGUGAGUGUUUGCUUAUUAGUUUGUGUUGAAUGGUUUCCCAAACAUCCUUUCCAUGUGAAGCAUUUCGUAACUCAGCUACGCUCAAGUUUCAGUAGAGAAAAUAUUGUUCUCGUUCCAGCACUUUUGUUCAAGAGUAUCAUGAUUUUUUUUUUUUUUCAUUGUUAUUGGUUGAUCGAUAUUUUUUUUAUUUAUUUGUUGAUUUAUUAUGUAUUUACUUUCACCACGAGAAGACUGUGAAAACUAGAGAGAAUAUCAUAACAAAGUCAUGACGAUGCUCACGAAAAAUUGCCAAACAAAAAAAUAAUAAUUGUAAUAUUGUGUUGGAUAAAUGAUGACGGAACUGAGAGAGAGAGAGAGAGAGAGAGAGAGAGAGAGAGAGAGAGAGAGAGAGAGAGAGUUACUGUUCAGUGAAGAUAAAAUGACAGGAAGUGAGUUGGCAGGAGGAGGGGAAAAGAGACGAGAGGAAGGAAAUAGCAAGGGAAGGGAAAGGAAGGAGGGAGGGAGGGAGGGACGGGAGAACGGGAAAGAAGUACUCAACUCACUACUACUUCACCACAAACACUAAAAUGAUUGGUGUUUUGAUGUUACUGUUACUAAAAAAAAAAAAAAUAACAAAAUAGCGAAAAAAAGAGAGAGAGAUAUAUAUGUACAUGUAAAUUUAAACCCUUGAUCCCUGUGUAGCUUAUAAGGGAGUUUUUUGACUGGAUGACAAAUAUAUAUUGUAUUUUGAUAAAGCGUUUCUUGAAUUAGAUUAACUAUUAUAGGGAUACUGAUAAGGCAGCUAAGUAUGUCCCCGUGUGUGUGUGUGUGUGUGUGUGUGUGUGUGUGUGUGUGUGUGUGUGUGUGUGUGUGUGUGUGUGUGUGUGGCCAACGGUUCGCAGUCUUCGUUUACUAGGCCAUAACUUACUUUCGUGUCACGCUAGUUAAUUUGCUGAAAGUUUAACACCAAGCUUUGAUAACUUUCCCAGCCCUGAACUUGCCCUCACAGCAGCAGACACCGUGGUGCAGCGCUGUGGCAAAGACUAGCGCUACUCAAUCUGUAUCAUAAGCGAACAUUGAUCUGAAGGUACUUUUUUGCAAGACUGUCGAUGAACCCUCCUUUGUUCUACUUCCAGAUACAAGAAGCUUACCAAUUAAUCAAAUCAGGAACUUUAUUAUGACAAUGGCGUCUUAUUCCUACUUUCAACAGUCCUAAGUGGAAGUUGAUGCUUUUAAGAGUGUUUUAAUCCCAUAGUUUUGCCUUUUUUUUAUCAUCAUUUGAAUUAACACUUCAGAACUCAAUUAGUGAUCUCUGUGUCCUUUGAAAAUAGAGUUGACGAGAGGCUAAAACGUUAAUACCCUUGGAUUUUGUUCUUUAAGGCAAAAUAUUCCGGUCUUCAAAACUACGGAGGCUGAAGAAGUGACCAUGACAGUCAUUCUUGCUCUCACACAUCCCAGCCUUUUAUCUCGCUCACAGCCAUAUUGCAAAACACUUCUGCGCCGCUCUCACUGUAUUUUGAAAGGCUCUAAAUGAAGUACCAUGGGUGUUUACGGAUGUUUUUACGAUUUAAAUGACAUAUUAAAAGGCUUUCUACAUUAUUUACAAGAAAAAAAUCAAUCAUGAGAUCCCGGAUAAUGAUUUUUGUGGCCUUUGAAAAUAGUGGUAAGUCAACAAAGCGUUUUUGAAUACACGCUUUACUUUCAAAAGGCUUUAGCGGAAAUUGAGGUUUGGAAGAGUGUUUUCGAUUCCAUUUAUAGAGUAACGGAUUGUACGCUGUCAGUGGGAGAGAACACCAUGAAAAUAUAGAAAAAUAAAUAAAAACCGAUAGUGAUUUCUCUAGCUUUUACAGAGAAAAUUAAAACGUAUAAGAAUAAACGGUCUAAUAACAAAACCAUGCAUACAAUAAUCAUGAAGCAGAAUUGGCGCCGCUUUCGUACCUAGCAGUGAAGGUGUCGUACUGUACAUGCAUACCUUACUUAUAAUUCUGUCUUUAGAGAGAGAGAGAGAGAGAGAGAGAGAGAGAGAGAGAGAGAGAGAGAGAGAGAGAGAGAGUGUAGCAUCAUUAAAAAGGACAGGGAUUCAUACUCGUACGUAUCAUUCCAAUCCGAUCCUUUGUGGGCGUGAAAUGCAAAUUGCUCAACCAAACACUUCAGCGCCAGUAUUCAUUGAGUCUAUAAGCGGGGACGACAAUAGACGUAAUAAGACGGGACUCGACACGCUCUUGUUACGCUAAACCUUAAAAAAGGAGAAUCAGAUACGUUUUGAAAUAGUGUUUUAUGAAAGGCGUGGAGUGUUUUGAGUCUAUAAACGGUGGAAAGAUGAUAAACGUAACAAGAUAUGGCUCGAAGCGUGAAAAGAGGAAUUACACAUACUAUAGAAUACGUCUUUUGUGAAAGCCAUGCAGUGUUUUGAAUGUUGAGGCGGUGAAAACAUGAUAAACGUAAAAAAAAAAAAAAACAAAACAAGACUACAUGCUUGUUUUUGGAAGUGAUGCAAUGUUUUGAUUCUUUGGGAGAUUAAAAGACAGUAAAUAUAACAAAACAAGACAAGAAUACGUGUUUUGUGAAGGUAGUGGAAAGUUAUACUGGAGAAAGGGAUGGAGGUGAAGAAUAGGUUAGUUUGCCAUAGGACUUAGGUAGCUACGCAAUAGAAAACGGGUAAAUGAAUAGAAAAGAAAACGGGUUGUGCUUUUAUGUUUUCCUGAAAGGGGGUUUGUGGACUAAGGGGAGAGGGUGUUAGUGGGUCGACGCGGUCAUGAAGAAAGGAAAAACUUGAGAGAGAGAGAGAGAGAGAGAGAGAGAGAGAACUGAAUAUGAAAGACACUCAAUAACGCAAAUAAUUAAUCUCAGUCUUAGAUAAUUAAUCCUGAGAACGUAAAAAGAAGCGAACGUAAGAAUAUUCACGUAUUUUCUUUUCUCUUAACUGUAGUAAUGAAUAAACAAGGAUUUUAGACUUAAUAGGAGAAAAAAAUGACACUUAAAACUACGAGUAUUAACCCCUUCAGUACUGGGAUGCAUUUUUACCUUGAGUUUUAGGUAUGAUAAGACAAUUUUACCUACAUUAGGAAGGAUCUAUGGAGGUCAGAAGAUCAAUUACUCGAGUCUUCACUAUUUCAAUCCCCACUAAGUUUUUGAAGUAUAAAAUCAAAUAAUAAGCAGAAUUAAUAUGAAAACGCGUCAUGGUACUGAAGAGGUUAAUCGGUCUAGGAAACAUAACCUUGAGAACGUGAAGAAAACGAGGCUAAGAGUUUUUCCGUGACGCGUUGCUUGGGUGUUGAUGUGAUGGCGUGUUGGCGUGUUGGUGAUGACGUGCGGCUCAGCUCACGGCGGAGGAUGCAAUUGUUCCCUCACGUGGCGGAGGCGGCUGCGCAAUUAAGACGCUUAUUACUCCUAAAUAUAAGGAAACGUUGUAAUUAUUAUCGGUUAGCGAAGGAGGAGGAGGAGCGCGAGACGGGGAGGUUAGAAAAGAAGACAAAAAUAAUAAAAUAACAAUAAAAAAGGAAAUAUAUAUAUGAAUAGAUCUUGUAUAUCCUUUAGUGUUCGUUAUGAAAUAAAAGAAAUAUUUUCCAUGUUUUAACGUCAUAUAUUUGUAUGCAUUAGCGUGUUAGUGUAAGGUAUUCCAGUACCUCGAGCUUCUACCGAGCCUGCAAAACACUCUGGCCCGCAUUCUCAAGCUCUUCCGCGUCCCAACACAGCUUUCUUAGACGGCAGUGGGUGUCGGUGUCCUCACGAGUGUUGCCAAGACCCCAGUGAUAGCUUAACGAAGACUCCACAGCAUCAACAGGGAGUAGCACGCAUGAGAGAACCUGGCGAUCCCUGCUGCCAGUGAAGCUCGUUGAGAUGGGAGUUGGAAGCGCUUCAAAAUCCUGGUCUUUGAAUUAUCGGUAACAUGCAGCCCUUGCGCGCCCAUUCACCUGGCACACGUGUUGCACUGCAGAUUUUCACCUCAAGUGCAGGAUUAAGUCGUUUUUCUUGUGUUGUCGUCGGUGUGCCAGCGGUGGGUUGGGUUCCUUCCUGCCAGACGGGGUUCGUCCUCCUACAGCGACGAAUGGAUUGAUCGUGUUUUGUUUUCUCUCUCAAGUCACUGGGGACACGCAUUUUUUAGACGAGUGUUUGGCGUCUAGUGUGCCAUUUAUUGUUAUUCUUGUAGUCCUGCGCUACGUGUUCUUUGAUAGCACCGCUGUCUAGUAUCGUACAUUCCGUUUUCUGUUCUCGCAUCACACGUUACUGCGCAGCGCUGUUGCAAAUCUAAAACCUCUCGAUUUGUGGUUAUUUAUUGUCAUCAUUCCUGGAGACUUGCCGUACAUUUCCUUUUAUUGCACCGUCUAAUACAUUCCAUUGUCCUGUUCACGCAUCUCACGUUUCAGCGCCGGUUCAAACCUUCAUCCUGCGUGGUGCUUCAAAUCCCGACACUGCGUAACUAAAGAAAGGAUUCAAUAGCUUUCCUUUCGCUAUAAACACAAAUGCAUUGCGGAUGAGACUAUAAUCACACCACCGUUUUCUUUCACACACCGAUGAUUAUUUUUCACUUCCUGUGUCUCAUACACCGAAGAUUGUAUUUGUUUCUCCUACACUGAGACUCGUUUUCAUGAUUUUCCUUCCCGUUUCCUUUAUUUCAACACCGCUACCCUGUCAGCCACUACCCUCUGGUGGCCGUGGCAGGAAGCUAGCGUGGGAGACCUCUGGCGGCGGGUUUUACCAUGUCACCCUCAUUUCUGGGAAUUAAGUAUGCGUCAUCAGAGAGAGAGAGAGAGAGAGAGAGAGGGUGGGGGGGGGAGGAUACAACUACUCUUCUGCCCACGCCUCCACUAAUUUCUAAAGGCUCUAAUUUAAUUGACGGGUUUUUAAGUUUUUUUUUAUGGUUUCAGUGACAUUAAGAUUUCUACGUUGACAGGAGAAACACUUUUGAAAACAUAGCUUAUUAUUUUGUGGCCUUUGAAAGUAGUGGAGAGAGAGAGAGAGAGAGAGAGAGAGAGAGAGAGAGAGAGAGAGAGAGAGAGAUGCUGCCACAAACAAAGCGCAAAUUAUGGAGCAGCGGAGUGUUAAUGAAAAGAUUAAUUUAAACUCCCUAAAGGAUAGUGAAUUUAGCGUGAGAGGCGCCGCUAGAGGUCACUAGUGGAGUCCAAAGCUGUGAUUACUUAACAGCUCAAGGUCAGAUGGCGCUUACGUGCAAAUUAUUCGUCGUUUAUCAUAUUUCUUCCUGUUUAUACUUACACGCUAACCUGUACAUACCACCUUCUUUCCUUUUGUUCUCGUAUCUAUAGUAAACAUGAUAAUUAGGCUGUGUUUGCGUGCAUUGAAAGAGAGAGAGAGAGAGGGGGUCAUGGUACAAUCUUCUCCACGGUCUGAGAGAGAAAAACGACAACAUAAAAACAGGAGACUGGGGAAGGAGUGGAAGAGGAAAAAGAGGGAAAGCAAGGAGGGAGGAGGAGGAGGAGGAGGAGGAGGAGGGCAGGAGGUACAUACGUUUCAUCCCGUCGAUAAUACUCAUAGACUCGAGAUUCUGAAACGCUUCACUUCACUUCGACUCCUUUCAACGGACUGUAGUGGACGUUAUCGGCGUUCCCAGGGGUGUUUUAAUGAGUCUAGUGAUAGUUUAAUAAGGAUUCUGCACCACCAGUGAGAAAAAACACCCAUGGGAACACGACUAACCAGAAUUAACCACGAUUUAGCCGUCUCCGUGGCCUUUGAAAGCUGCCCUUGCCAUAUUUCUCAAACACUCCUACGCCACAACCUGACUACAUGCAAAGGCUCCAGAUGAAGUGACACGGGGACUGCUUUACGGUUCUAGUGACUGAUCAAGAUUUCUACAAUAUUCAUAGAAGCAGUCAUGAGAACCCGGCUAAUCAUCCCCGUGGCCUUUGAAUUUAGUCGUGGUGAGAGGAGUGUUUCAGAAUGCUGGGCGAGUUGAUGAGGUAGCGAAGCAUUUCAAAUCCCGAGCCGCAACGGUAUCGCCAUUUGUUGUGUGUACACGCUUGUCACUCCCCGCUGGCCACCCCCAGGACGGAGCCAGCCACUCACCCCGCGAGGCCGCCACCCUGCCCCGGCCACCCCGCCAGGACCCGCCCACCCCUCACUCACUUGUUACCGGUAGGGCGGUUUCUGGAGGGGCAAGGGCACCACCCAAGGGCACGAACCCAAGGGAACCAACCCACCCAGUACAUUAGUGAUAGCCCUUCAGGUACUGCUAAUCGGCCCCGAGAGCUUUCACAGCCAAUCAGAUCACUCCCUCGGUGCACAAGGGACCAAUCAGCGCAUCUUUAGCUGGUGAAGUCCUGGAGUCGGCGGCCGCGUCCCGCUCAUAGGAAAUGGAUAUAAAUUUUGUAAGCCAAUGUUGA